AUGGAGGCGGUGACGACGCCCUACCGCGUUGUGGGGCUCGAGUACGUCGCGGGCGGCGUCGCCCGGGCGAUCUCCUGUGGCCGCCAGCACACCCUCGUGGUGAUGGAGAACCCUCAGCCGGGCUGCACGCAGCGCUGCUGCCAGAUGGAUUACCCGGGCAAACACCGACCGUCCCACGCGCAGGUCUACACUUUUGGGGAGACUCCACGUGGCGGCGGGGGUAUCACCAGCCGCCCGGUCUCCCCUGGGAACGCGUCGUUUCCUUUUCGCGCUCCGGGCGCGACGACCAGCGCGGCGGGGGGGUCCGGGACCUCCCUCCGCACCACCACACGGGCUCACCCGGGAGCCGGUGGCGGGAGCGGGCGCGGCGGCUCCGUCGUCCACGCGGAAAAUUCGCCCGUGCUGGAUUACCACUCCCCCCCGGCAUCUGCUGCCAUAUUGUCAACUCCCCCCCUUCACCGCACGUGCAGCCAAUACCGACUCGUCCCUGGCUUGGAGCGAAUGGACGUGCGGGGCAUCGUGGGCGGCUUGUAUCAUACCUUUGUGUUUGCCGAGGAGUUGGACUUUUCUGACGAGGCUACGUUUGGGAAGGAGGAAUGA